AUGAACUGGAAAUCAAAAACCACACACAAAAACAGCUUGCAUGCAUUUGAGAAGAUAGUUCACGUCAGACAUGCUGAUAACACUGGGGCAUGCAGCAUCCCGUCAGAAACUGUGAUAAUCAAGAGAGCAGCUCCCUUGGAUGGUUUCUUCGGGAUAAAGUACAGAAUGUGCUGCAUGGACACAAAUUGCACUAAUGCAACCAACAGCACCACCAGUGAUGAUGCGGGCUGCCACCAAACUACCCUUGACGGUUUGGGUUACAGUCUUGUGUUUGUCUUUGGCCUCCUCAUCUGUGGUGCUGCUCUGUGGGCCUUCGUAGCAAAGCGGGCCUCCUGGACCGACUCCCACAUCUACAUGCUGAACUUGGUUCUGGCUGACUUUGCCCUCGUCCUUUUCCUUCCCUUCAGAGUUUAUGACGCCUUCUUCUGCCUGCCUAAAACUUUCCUCUGCACUUUCCUCAUUUUUAUGCACUUCAUCAACAUGUACGCCAGCAUCCUGACCAUGACAGCCAUCAGCGUCCACCGCUACCUGAGCAUCAGGUUCCCUCUGCAGGCCAGAUCGUGGAGGAGGAGGAAGGAGGCAGCGGUCGCCGUCUGCUUGCUCAUCUGGUUGUUCCUGAUUUCAGUCGUUGUUGUUUUUCAAAAGGAUAACUAUCCUGAAAAACUCUGGACAUGCUAUGAAAGAUGCAAAAACCGGCGUCUCCGUCAACAUUUCAUCGUGCUGUUGUCUCUCGGCUACCUGGCUCUUCUGCUGGUGACUGUGUUCUGUUCCAGUCAGAUCAUCUGUAUUUUGUCGAGGGACCAGAACCAGUCAGGGAAAAAAAAAAGCAUUGUUGGUAUAAUAACGGCAAACAUGAUCGUGUUUCUUGUCUGCUACACACCAUACCACGUUGCAAUUGUGUUGAGCUUUUUCCUUACUCUGCCACCAGACUGGAUGUCUGUAUAUUUACCCAGUCAUGCCUUCUUACAAGCAUCGGAGUGGAUCGCUUCCACAAACUGUUGCUUUGAUUCCAUCAGCUACUAUUUCUUAUUAAAAAGGUUUUACACAUAAAUUAGGGACUGUACAAAAAACAGAUUGUAUAUUUUUUAAAAUUUUGUCUGCAUACGAUGUGUAUAAGAGCUUAAAAUGUGGCAGCACUGAGAAAGACGUAGAAAUCCAACCCACAUUUAUUAUGUUCUGGAAACAUUCUUAUGUUCAGAAAUAACUUUGUAAGAACUUUUAUUCUUACAAAGUUAUUUGGGUCUGUGGUUGGUGUUUUGUAUCGUUAUCCUGUUGACGACCCAUUUUCAGUUUACCGAUAGGGGUUCUGGAUUCUAAUUUAAAUGUUCUACUUUUUCAAUAAGUUUGUGAGGCCAUGCUAUCCCAAGCAGUCAUAUAUAUUUCUGUAAAUACUUCUAAAUAUGUAAUUGUAAUGAAUGUAAUUUUUGCCAUUCCUAAUAUUCUAUAGUAGUUUUUAGAGGGAUAGCAUAUAUAAUAUUGGAACACUUUAAAUAGAACAUGGCAGCUGUUAUUUUGCUUGUUUAACGUCUGUAGAACAAUUUUUGUUACAACUGACUGUAGGAGAAGUGCACUGUAAAUAAAAUGAGAUUUUAUUUAAAAUUAGUCUUUACAUCAAGAGCUUCUAUCACCGCUUACUCUACCAAAACAGUUAGGACACUGUUAUAAGAGUUAUUAUUCUGAAGUCACUAUGGCCUCACACCACUCGGACAGAGGAGGCCUGGAGACAUGAUGUCUGUGUAUAAG